GCAUGAGCAAGCUCAAGCGCACGUACGAGGCGGCCGAAGACGAGGGCCGCCCGAUCGAGGACGUCGCGAUCGAGCGCUACGGCUCGCUCGACGCCUUCAACGAGGCGCGCGAGGAGCGUCGCGUCCUCGACGAGCGCCAAGGGCGCAGAACGUCGCGCCGCGAGAGCGGGUACGGCGCCGGCGGCGGCCAGAACCACCACCCGGGCAUGCGCACGCCGACGGGCAUGGCGGCCGACGGCGGCGGGCGCCGCUUCGUCUUCACCGAGACGGGCGCAGCGGGCGAGGGCGGUGCAGACGGGCCCGGCUCGCGCCCGUCGUCGCGCCAGGGCUUCCGUCGUCCGGGCGAGGCGCCGCCUCAGCCGGGCCAGCUCGCGCGCUCGAGCUCGACCUCGUCGGUCGCCGGUUCGGGCUCGAGGCCGUCGACGCCGAUCCCGACCGUCUUCACGCCGCCCGUCGCACGCCGCAUGCCGUCGCAGCUCGCCCAGUCGACCGUCAUCAACCCGGACCCGACCUCGACCGGCCCGACCACCGCCUCGUCGGCCUCGUCCGGCUCGACUCGGCCCGUCCUGAGCCAGUCGGAGCUGAACAAGCUCCAGGCCGAGGUCCUCAAGGCCAAGCUCAUGGACUCGGACGACGCGGCGGCUCUCGAGCGCGAGUACGACGCCGAGCUGCGCCGGUCCCAGGCGGCGGGCCCGGCGCUCGCCGACAAGGAGGGCAUGGAGCAGACGCUCGGCGGGAGUGCGGCGCAGGGCCAGGACGUCCAGGUGCUGCCGACGCUCGACAGCCGAGGACGCCUGUACGACGUCGGCGUCGGGACCGAGACGGCCGACAAGUGGGAGGAGGAGCGCAAGAACCGGGGCAAGCACGUUCGCAAGGAGAUGCUGUUCGAGUCGCACGACCCCAAGACGGGCGACCUCAUUCGGCACCAGGCCGACGACGACUCGCUCACGGUCGGCGACCUCGUUCGGCAAGAGCGGUUUGGCGGCGGGUCGGGCGACGCGCGCGCCAUGGACGCCGAGUUCGCCAACCGCAUCGCGACCGACGCCCGCUUCACCAACAACCUCGACUACUACGACGAGAACGCCGAGAAGCUCGCGCGCAAGAAGAUGAAGAGCGAGGCGAUGAAGCGCGCGUUCGCCGUCAACGACUUUGCGCGCACCAAGAAGGCGCUCGACUCGUGCACGAUGUGCUACUCGGACGAGGGCGACCCGCCCAAGGCGCCUGUCGUCGCGAUGGGCACCCGGACCUACCUCGCCCUCAUGGACACGGAGGAGCUCGUCCCGGGUCACUGCCGCAUCGUGCCGGGCCAGCAUUACCUCAGCUGUCUCGAGAUCGACGAGGAGGAAGGGUGGGACGAGAUCAAGAACUUUAUGAAGACGCUCAUGCAGAUGCACGCCGCCGAGGACAAGGGCGUCGUCUUCUUCGAGACGAUCAUCUCGCACAAGCGCCAGCAGCACAGCUACAUCGAGUGCAUCCCGGUCCCGUUCGACCUGUUCGACCAACUGCCCAUCUACUUCUCGGAGGCGAUCAAUACGUCCGAGACCGAGUGGUCGCAGCACAAGCGCCUCAUCAAGUUUACGCCGCAGCGCCCAUUCCGGCGGUCGCUCGUGCCCAACCUGCCCUACUUUGCCGUCCAGUUUGACUACAAGGGCGAGCACGGGUUCGGCCACGUCAUCGAGGGCGUCGACGAUGCGCCCGACCGGGACCUCGACGGCGAGGAGAGGAGGGGCGAGAUGGGUGACAAGGGCGGCGGCGAGUUCCCGAGGUACUUUGCGCAGGAGAUCAUCGGCAACCUCCUCUCGCUCGAGCCGCGCAAGUGGCGCAAGCCUCGGCGCGUCGACCGGCGCGAGACGGCGGGCCGCAUCGCCGCGUUCCGCAAGAAGUACGACGCGUUCGACUGGACCAAGAUGCUCGCAGGAGCGAGUGCGGGUGCGGGUGCGGCGUAGCGCAGCGGUGGAGCCGUCCCCCUUUCUUGUGCACCCCUUUUCCCUCUACCUCUCGAGCCACGUGCAACAAGCAGGACGUCGCAGCUGCGCGAGCAGGGAGAGAUGUCGAGGUGGUCGAGUGCGUCCGAGAGCUGAUGUCGAGCCAACGAGCCGAGAGCAAGUGAGCCUGGAGGAGGAGGAGCAGGGUCCGCGGACUUUUGCCUUGUCGCGCCGAUUCCUCGCCUCUCGUCGCUCGCUCAGCCGCGGCAGCCAGCUCACUCGCUCCGGAACGAGCUCGAGCACGCGCCACGGUGCAUGCCCGUGCGGCUCAAGCGCGCUCUCGACACCGACUCGCCCUCGCCCGUUGUCAUCAGCGACCGCUCGUCUCGCCGCUCGCCUCGCUUCUUCC